UCACUGUGUGUGUGUGUGCAUGCACGUGUGUGUGCGUGCGUGUGUGCAUGUUCAUGUGCGCGCGCAUACAUGCAACAGUGUGUUACUUCGUUACUCUUUGUAGUUGUCUACUGCUGUCAGUUUGAUGAAAACCGUGUUGUGAGUGGCAGUGCUGAUGCUACACUUCGUAUCUGGGACACAACAACGGGCAAGACAAAACACGUACUCACCGGUCAUGAAGCAGAGAUCUAUUGCUUGCAAUACAAUGAUGUUGUGAUUGCUUCCGGCUCUGCUGAUAGCAGUGUGAGGGUCUGGAACCAUCAAGGUUUGUGUCUGCAUGAGUUAAAAGAACACCUUGGCAUCGUACGUUGCCUCCAUUUGACACGCACACGACUGGUAACUGGAGGUGACGUGAGGAAAAUAAUCAUCUGGGACACAGAGCGUGGAGAGAUGUGCAAUAUCAUUCAUCGUAAUCCAACAUCACUGCAUCAGAUGUGGGUAGACGAUACACGACUGAUAACUGCAUCUCCUGAUGCUCCGGGAACCAUAACAAUCAUCAACUUCUGGUGAUAGUGUCAACAUACCCAGCUCCACAAGAGAGUUGUAAUUGUAGAGGAAAUUCUAUUUUUGCAUGUUGUUGACGAUGUUUGUGUUUAUGGUGUUUGUUUGUUGUUCAAUUCCAAAUGCAUUUAGUAUCGUGUACGGUUCUCUCAUAUUUUUAUAUGUCUUUAGUAUUUUUACGUGUUUUUAGUAUGAAACUAUGUUUUUGUUUAUAGUACAGCACUUGCCUGAUGGAUUGUGCGUGAAAUGUGUGAUGUGUGCGUGUGUGUGCAUGCGUGUGACUCAGUGAGUGUGUCUUUCUCAACAUUGGCUUAAAUCUGACUUAAAUUCAUCUAAUGAGAUACUUCUGUUCUACCAGGUUUGUUUUGAUCAAUGGCUAAGGUUCUACAACUAGAGAAUUAACCAACUAUAGCUAUUAAGAUUUUUAUGUUGAAUUGUGAAUCUGACUAGAUUUGAGGAUGCAGAGAUUAAGUGUAUUGAUAUCUCUGUCUGUGGGUCAGUUGUCCAGCAUUGUCUAUACUGACUUGAAUGCGUUAGUCAAUUUAGUGAUUGAUUGAUUUUGUUUAGUUAUUUUUUAGUUGAUAGGGUUUGUCACCAAUAAUUUGAAUCAGGAUGCAACAUUUGUCAAUGAGUGUGAGGGCUGCUGGUGACUUUAUAACUUAAUUAA